GCGGCGCGAUGGCGGCGGCGGCCGCGGCCGCGGGCCCGUUCAGCCUCAGGGAGGUCCUGGACGCCUUCCGCAGGUGCGUGACGGAGCAGCGAGAGGUGCUGCUGGAGCCCUACCUGAGCGGCUGGCGGGGGCUCAUCCGCUUCCUGCAGAGCCUGGGCGCCGUCUUCUCCUUCAUCUCCAAGGAUGCCGUGGCCAAGGUGGCUCUGCUGGAAGGUCACCAGCAGCAGCACGGCUUCGUGUCGCUGCAGUCGCUGGUGCAGCACGAGCUGGCGGCGGGGCUGGCGGCGCUGCGGGCCCGCUCGGACUCGGGCUGCCGCACGGUGCUGCGGCUGCACCGCGCCCUGCGCUGGCUGCAGCUCUUCCUGGAGGGGCUGCGCUCGGGGGAGCCGCGCACCUCCGUGCUCUGCACCGACGCCUACAACGCCUCGCUGGCCCAGCACCACCCCUGGGUUGUCCGCAAGGCGGCCACCGUGGCUUUCUGCACGCUGCCCUCCCGGGAUGCCUUCCUGGAGAUCAUGAACGUGGGCUCGCAAGAGGAGGCCGUGGCCAUGCUGGGAGAAGCCAUCCCCUACAUCGGAGAUGUCUACAGCAUCACCCAGGAGCUCUUCACUCAGCACAAGCUGCUCGACCUGCCCUGAUGGCUGAAAAUGACAUUUUUGCACAAGCAACACACUCUGUCCGUGGUUAUUUCCACUUUUUCUUUCCGGCCCGGAGGUGGAAAGUUGGCCAAACUAUCCCACGGUAUAAACGUGGACCUUUAAUUUUUUCACAUUUCUCAGUUCUUACCUUACAUCUCUAAAGUUAGGAAAAAAUUCCACAUUUAGGAUGAGCUGCUAAGGGAUUUAUUUUUUUAAUUCCCACCUUACAGCAAUCUCCCAGGCGCUCUUCGCUCAGCACAAGCUGCUUAACCUGCCCUGAUGGCUGAAAAUGACAUUUUUGCACAAGCAACACACUCUGUCCGUGGUUAUUUCCCUUUUUUCAUUCCAGCCUGGAGCUGAGGAUUUGACAAAAUUAUUCCAUAUUAUAAAUGUUGACCGGUUAUUUUUUUACAGCUGUCAGUUCUAUUCUUACAUCUCUAAAGUUAGAAAACAAUUCCACAUUAGGUUGAGCUGCUAAGGGAUUGAUUCUUUUCUAUUCCUAGCAUACAGCAUCACCCAGGAACUAUUUGUGUACCUGCCCUGACGGUGGUGCUGGGGUGAAAAUGACAUUUUUGCACUAGCAAGACAUUCUGUCCAUGGUUAUUUCCACUUUUUCUUUCCAGCCUGGAGCUGAGGAGUUGGCAAAAUGAUUCCGUAUUAUAAACAUGGACCGGUUAUUUUUUACAUCUGUCAGUUCUAUUCUUACAUCUCUAAAGUUAGGAAAAAAUUCCACAUUAGGUUGAGCUGCUAAGGGAUUGAUUUUUUUAUAUUCUCACCUUACAGCAUCACCCAGGAGCUCUUUGCUCAGCACAAGCUGCUCGAUCUGCCCUGAUGGCUGAAAAUGACAUUUAUGCACAAGCAACACACUGUCCGUGGUUAUUUCCACUUUUCUUUCCAGCCUAGAGCUGAGGAAUUGGCAAAACAAGUCCAUAUUAUAAAUGUGGACCAGUCCUUUUCUCACAUCUGUACAGUUAGAAAAAAAAUUCCAUAUUAGGUUGAGGUGCUAAGGGAUUUUUUUUUAUUCCCACACCUUACAGCAUGAGCCAGGAGCUCUUUCUGCAGCACAGGCUGCUCGACCCAUCCUGCCAGGAUGAGCCCAGAGUGAAAAUAACAUUUUUGCACAUUUAUUAUUUGGUUAUUUCCACUUUUUCUUUCCAGCCUGGAGCUGAGGAGUUGGCCAAGUUAUUCCACUUCAUAAACAUGGAAUAGGUUUUUUUUACACCUUUUUUUACAUCUCUACAAUUAGAAAAAAAAUCCACAUUAGGAGGAGCUGUGCAGAGUUAGAAAAAUAAUUCCACAUUAGGAUGAGCUGCUAAGGGAUUGAAGUUUUAAUUUUUUUUAUUCCUGGCAAAGCUGGAAACGGUUUUUCUUUUCAAGCCCAAGCGCAGCGGCUUGUGUGCAUUUACUGCAAUAUUUGUGGCCUUGUGUGGCAGCACAAAUUGGAGCUGUGGUGUCUGAGCUCAUUCCCACACUUUGGUUUGUACAAAAAUCCCACCUGGAGGAUUUCAUGCUGAGCAAUGCCCUGGGGAAAUGCCCUUUCCCUGCCACUGUGGGAGCUGAAGGAAAUGGGGGUGGAAGGAGGAGAAAAUUGUUCCACCCAGCAGCACCUUCCCCUGUGCCCCUUCCCUGUUCAAUCCAUGAUUUUGCACUUGGGAUGUGCAGCAAAUUGUAAUUUCUGCUGCACAAUCCCCUCUGUCCAGCCCAGCCUGGAGUUGUUUGCUUCUGAGUUGUGUUCUUGUGUGUUUAUUUUUAAUUUUUAUCAAUGUGUUCAAUGCCUACAAAAAGGAUUUUUCUGCCUCCCUGGGGCAGAAAAUCCACACUUGUACUGUAAAUCACUGCUUUGGGAGCCUCUGCCAAACCCCUGGAGGAGCCAGAGGGUCUCAGGUGGGACUUUCUGAGCGUUGGGAGCUGGAGAAGCCCUGCAGGAUUAUUGCAGGGAUCAAUCCUGCAGCUGAUUGCCUCUUUCUGCCCUAAUGUACCACUGAAAAAUUCAGGAAAUCACAAUUACCUCAUGGAGACUGGACUCACUGCACAUUAAAUGAUGUGAAUAAUA